AUGACAGAGUUUUGCAAGAUACCAGAAGCCAUGGCAUUGCAAAUCCUAUCAAGUCUGCCACCUAAAUCUCUGAUGCGAUUCAAGUGCGUUCAUAAGUCGUGGCCUAAUUUGAUGAAGGAUCCCAGCUUCGUGGCCAAGCAUCUUUCCAAUUCCAUGCACAACAAUCUCUACAGUACUACCGGUGUCCUUUUCAAGCGUGAAAAUUUCAAGGAUCCCAACGAUGCCAAGAAGGGAACCGAAAGUCGUUUCUCAUUGAUUAGUAUCUAUAAUGCUAAUGGUGAUAGUGAGCAUGAUGUUCAUUGUGUUGUCGAAGAUGUUACGGAGGGUCAGUUUAGUGGGUUGGAGGUUCUAGAGUCUGCAUGGAUUAUAGGGCAUUGUCAUGGGAUCAUCUGUCUACGAAAUGCCACUAAAGUAAUUCUAUGGAACCCAGCAAUUAGGGAAGUCAAGGAAGAAUAUGGUGAUGAACAUAUCCUUUUGGAUCGACCGAAAACAGAAGUGUACACCAUAGGUACUGAUUCUUGGAGAGAGAUCGAGACGGGCAGUUUAGAAACGGAAUCUACUAACUUUUGGUUUCGGGAUUUCCACAUGUACUUCAAUGGAGUUUGUUAUUGGAAUGGGCAAGAGCAACUGAAGGAAUUCCAAAAUGCUUAUGAACUUAUGGAGGAGCAAUAUAUUAGGCCAGUGAUCAUUUCGUUUGAUAUGGGUGAUGAGGUAUUUCAUAACAUGUUGCUUCCAGAUUUUGUAUAUGGGGACUAUAUGUCGGGUUAUGUUUUGCGUCUUAUGGCGUGGGAUGAAUGUUUAGCUAUUUUUGGCCUAGAUUAUGGUACUGAUGGUAUAACUUCUCAUGAAUCCUGGGGACUAUGGGUGAUGGACGACUCUGGUGGAGUGACGGGUUCUUGGAUAAAGCAAUUUAGCUUUGUGAGCACAGGGAGAUUCUUGGAUACUCCAUCGCAAUUUUGGAAGAGCGAUGAGAUUCUUAUUGUUUCGAAAGAAAGGCGUCUCGUCUCAUACAACCUUUAUACUGAACAGUAUAAGCAUCUACCCAUUCAUAGCAUGGAUUCUGAUUAUUUUGAAGCUGUUGUUUACAUGAAUAGCAUAGUCUCGGUUAAUGGAAGCAACCGGCUCGUCUAG